AAGCUAGGCAUAAAAAGCCCGAAACGGGUUGCUGUUUGAACCUCACAUCAGCAGCUCUGGUAUUUGCGUACGUCAGUGCUCCUUACUGCUUGGUUAUCGGUUGGAAAGAUCGGGUACAUCUUUUAAACAACACUGCGAACACAAAGCGUGUAGUCAUCUAUUAUGACGCCUUCCCAGCGUAUAACUGUACUUCUUCUCGUUACGGUGUUAGCUCUGGUGAUGCCUCUGAGGUCGGAAUCCAGGCCCUUGCGCGACCAGCGCCCCGUCAGACAUACCAGCAAUCGCGUCAGACGGGACGACGACUCAGACUCUGGCCAAGCCCUCCUGGACGACAGCUCCGAGGAGUGCAACAACAGCGGAGAUGACGACGACAGCGAUGAGCGGCCCUGUGUGACGCAACCCCCGCCUACGACACUAACAACGCCUCGAGGUGCUUCCACCGACAUGCAAACGACUGCCCAAGCCACGACUACCUCCCAAACAGAUCGGUUGACUACGCCCCCAACAGAAGACAUGACCACUGCUGAAGUAACUGGGCGGUUUACCACUAUUACUACAACUAGACGAGGCGAUAUAUAGCUGCCAAAUCAGGAGCUGAACAAGUUUUUAGAUGGACUUGAACCAAACCAGACACACUUUAUGAGUGACUCUACUUUUACAUCAAGAAUUAAAAGAGCAAAUCAGGAGGGAAUACUGACAGCAUAAGCUCACAAAAGGGCCACAAUAAUAUCCCCCUAUAAAGACGUUGCACGAGCAAAACUAACCGGACCGGCUCCUAGAAGAUUCCAUUAGAACAAUACAGUAGUUCUGAGUAGUAUAGUAAAUUUGAAUAUGCAUACAAUGUUCGAUUUUUUUUCAGGGCAAAAUUUUCGAAUGAUGUGGAUUUGGCGACUCAAAUUUCUCGUCACUAAUCCGUCCUUUAUUAAUGCUGUAAACUAUUAUCAGUCCGCGUAGGCCUACAUGUGUGUUACCGUGUCUUGCGAUGGACUCGCGAUGAAUUUGUUUCUGCCUGACUGAAAUGUGUAAUGCCAUUUCUGUAGUUACGAUUUAUUUGUUGUGAUAAUUUAAUAAAUAAAAUAUUGGUAUUCCAAA